UGCGCGGGAAAGCACGUGGUUCGAUGCGCUCGGUUUUUCCAAAUUUCCAGUGGAUUCGACAUUCGAAAUUGUGGAACUGUGAAUUUGGAAUUUCAAUUUGGAACGUUGUGUUUUUAAUUCGUAAUCUGGAUUACGUGAUUGGAUGACAAUUUGCAAUGUGCGUGUGCGACUAUCUGAAUUUCUGUGUUGCCAGGAGCAUCUUAUUGUGCAAUAGGGAUUUGUAAGGAGCCACAGACGAUCCAAAAUGUUAAAGUGGGCAGUGUAUAAGAAAAAUCAAGAGGUUAAGACAACGAAUGGAAAUGAGAGCGAAGAGCGGGAAAUUUAUACUAAUGGGCCUUACAACAACAAUGUUCGAAGAUCAUUGGACGCUCAAGCGGUGAAGAAGAGUAAAAAACCUAGCAGAUACCAGCGAAGGUCCUUAGGUUCCAAUGCAAGAAAAAAUAAUAUCAAAACUGUAGAUAAAGAGAAUAUUAACUAUAUAGGGAAUACACCUAAUUAUUAUAGAGAAGGUUUUGUCAAAAAAACGGAAGGGCUCGCUUUAAAAGAUGUGAGCAACAUCACGCCCAAUUCAGCAACUCCUGUUAAGAACUUGGAUAGGAGAAAAUAUUGUUUAAAUGGAUCCAAAGACAACAUUCCACCAGAUUUAAAUGCGACGCCACCAACUUACAGCAGAAGAGUUAGAGAAGCUAAGAAACGUAAAUUAGAAAUGACCAGUCCCAAUAAUGAUAUAUUUAGAAGAGACAGCUGUUUUUAUAAAUCUGAAAGAAGAAUUAAACCUUUAGAUAAAAGUAAUCUCAGCCCCCCGAAAUUGAGCCAUAGUACUUCAGAACCAUCCUUAACAGAUCUUUCAGAAAGAUUAAGUGCAAGUACAAGUAGCAGCAGAAGAUCUUUUGCUUUGGGAAAGCAAAUGAACUCAAUAAGUACUACUAAAACUACUUGUGAAGGUUUAGUUGAAAUAGAAUAUGAUAAAGAUUUAGUCAUAAACUGUAUAGAAAAACCUAUUUGUGUCGAUAAUAAUGCAAAAGAAAAAAUUAUCAAGACAACAUUACCAAUAUUUGGGCAUCAUAUGUUUACAGACAACCCUUUAUAUUUUAAUAAGAAUGAAGCUGGUAUUAGUAACAGAAGACCUUUGAAAAGAACAAGAAAGAAAUCUAAUGAAUUCGAAAGUUCUUUCAAAUCGCCCUCUGUAGAUAAAAAAGAUACUCAUUCUUUAGUGAGAGAUGCCUGUUCACCUGUUUCAAUCACACCUCUAUCUGUUAAAUUAGCAGCACUCAGAUUUAGUACAAUGAGCACUCAUACCGAAUCACAAAGAAAAAUAUUUCCCAAAGAUAUUACCGAAUUUUUCCCUAAAGUAGAACAUCCUUUUGCAAUUCCUAUCAAAGAUGAAGAGAGUUCACUAGAAAUGGAGAAUAAAUGUAUUUUAGGGAAAGAUUCAAUAACAAAUGAAACAGAGUCGACUGUUUCUACAACUCAAAUGGGUGACGUGACUCUAGAGAGGAUGAUAGAAGAUAUCAUAAAAAGUACCAAAAUUGUCAAAUCUAGAAGAAGAAUAAUUAAUAAAGUUCCUGAUGAUAUUGCAUUGGAUGAAGAAAUUCCGCCGCUAGAUGCCGUUAAAGAUCUUUUCGUUAAUCCUCGAACAGAUAGUAAGGCUAAUUUGAUUAAAGAAGCGAGAUACAUUAAUCUUUCCAGAGAAAAUUCUGUUUCACCUAAGAACUCUCCUACCAAAAAGAAUAAGCCAGUUCACAGAGUUAAUGAAAAAUUACUGAAGAACCUGCCUAUUGGUUGUUUUAUUUUGGAUGAUGGUGAUGGGUACAAUGAAAGAGAAGUGUGUACACCCGAUAUCCUAGAAUCAAAAUCAAAAGUAUCUGAACGGGAACGAACACUACUUAGUAGAUCCCAUUCCAUGAAUGCGGCAUCAUUAGAAAAAAGUAACUUGGAACACAGCCUUUCAGGAUCUAUACCAGACUUGAAUGCUAUUUCUCAAGACUUGAGGUGGCAAAGGCAAAGAUGUAUACGCAGAAAAAAAUCGACGGCAAGUAACGAAAGCCAAUGGAAACAGAAACAUCUGAAUGUUUCCCCACCUUUUCAUGCACUAGAAAUUGGUAUUCCUAGUCCUGCUGGUGAACUGCAAAAUGUAUCCCUUUGCGAACCACUACGUACUGAUUUCGACAAUUUGAACAACAUAUCGAUAAAAUCAAAUGUAUCAUCUAGCAGCUUAAUGUUGCAUGAACCUACGAUGCAAAAUAAGAGGUCACGUGAACUAUUUGGAUUGACUUUAGAAAAUGGCAUACCAAGUCCAAUCACACCAGUACCAAAUCUUAAAAGAUCUAGUAAUGUUCUCAGCGAAGAGCGAGCACAUAAGUCGAGUAAAUUGAAUGAAGAUUUGUUACCGUCAGAUGUGUUUACGCCGGUCAUAGAGCAUAAAUCUUCUAGAAGAUGUCUGACUUAUUCACCGGAGGAGAGUAGUAUAAACAGCAGUGAAGAGAAAAGAAGAAGUGUUGCAAGCAAUCGUUUGGAACGAAGCACUGAAAGAUUUCAGUCACUAAAAGGCACAAUUGAUCUAGAAAUUGUAACGCGAAACGAUAUUAUAGAUGUCCACGUUAUCCGAUGUCGCGAUCUUCAAAGGUCUUCUGGAAGAACCGAUGAUAUCAAUGCGUAUGCCAAGGUUGUUAUAAGUGGUAUCACCGAAACACAGCCUCUAUCGUCCCAAAGGUCAAUCUUCCAGAGGACAUCAGUUCUUUACGGGAAGAGGGAACCGGAGUUUCAACGACACCUGAAACUGCCUCUCCCGACUGCAGUCUACGACCAUCAACUUCUACAUAUCUCUGUUUGGCAUAGAGACAAGAAGUAUAGGCGGAGCGAGUUUCUAGGAUGCGUCUCGUUCCCUCUAAAAGAUGCCAUCAAUAGCGACAUCACGGGCACCUACUUCCUGCAGCAAGGCGGUCGUCAAGGUGCGCCACAGAACGCCAAUGACAGAAGAAGUGUGAAUGAAGACAGGAAAAUGGCGACAGACAAUAUUGAAACAAGCACCAAUGAUGGGAAGGAAAAUCAUAACGACAAAGGAGUUGCUGCAAACGGGCCAUCAACCGCCACAUCAGCUAACCAGGCGCAGUCGGUAGCUGCUGCUCUUCAGAGGGAGGCAGACGAGCAUCUGUUCCUUCGAUAUCUGGAGCUGGAUCCUCCCGAAGACCCGGCAGUGCCGAGGAAGACCCAAAGAAAUGGAAGGACGCCUUUCACUACAACUAGGAAGUUAGUUAGAGGCACUGGUGGUGGCUUUGGUUUCACUGUCGUAUGGACCCGACCACCCAGGGUAGAGCGGGUGGCGGCCGGGGGGUCGGCAGAACGGGCUGGUCUCAGAGCGGGAGAUUAUAUCGUGUUCGUUGGCAACAAAAAUGUGGUCACAGCUUCGGAGGAAGAUGUCAGGAGUCUUGUCAAAUCAGCAGGCCAAAUGUUAAACAUUGAGACAUUCCGAAGAGUGCCUCCGAACGGGUCGGGAGUUCGGCCGCGAGUGACGCAAAUGUCUAUCCCCCCUCCGACAGAGUCAACCCCACCCCCACCACCGCGGUCUCCACGCACUGCUGCAUUAGCUUCUCCAGCUACUGCUGCUAGACCACCAACAGCAUGUUCUUCUACCAGCCAGUCGCUUGAUAGACGUAAAUUACAUCUACCACAAGUGACAUUCUCAAAAGAGACGCCCGGCCUCUCCACGGAUGGUCGCAAAAGGGCCCUCCUGGCCGUGGUAUCCAGGGAGCAGCAUUACUGCACUUGCCUGCAGUUUGGCCUCGUCAGAUUUGUGUCCCCACUGGCCGAGAGAGCGGACCUGAUAUUGCCAAGUGACCAUCAGUUGCUGUUCCAAAAUAUUGAAGAGAUCUUCAGACUGUCGGAAGACAUCUUGGAUCAAGUAGUACAAGAAGAUAGCGAGAUCCAAACAUCGACUGUGGUAGCCGUAUACCUUCAGAAGACCCCUGUGUUCCUUAGUCUCUAUAAGAAAUAUUGCCUAGGCUUGAAAAGAGCCGACUGUGUAUUGGUAAAGAAAUCAAAAGACCCAAGCGGAGCCUUCUCCCGCUUCUGCACCAGCCCGCCGAUUCCCAGAAGAAGGCCGGACAUAACGUCUUUGGUCCACAAACCCCUGGAGCAGUUCAGAGAGCUGCUGCGGUUGAUGAGGGCAGCCGCGGCCGCUAAUGGAGCAGGUCCUUACGAUCAGCUGGAGAAGAAGCAGCUUCAAAUAAUUGUUGAGCAGUUGCAGAGCGGCUACCAAGAUGUAACAGCCGGAUCAGGAUUAAUGGGGUUGGCCGGUGAUGGGAAACCAUUGCUAUCAGUAGCAGACUUGGAGAGUAGACUCGUGUUCACUAGGUGUAAGCCAUUCGUACUAAGCACGGCGGGCCGCCAAUGGAUAUUUGGAGGCGAACUGUCCAGGGUAGAAGGCAGAGCUGUCAGGCCGUACUGGGCACUGCUGUUCAGUGACCUAUUACUCUUCGCGACAGUAUCAAGAGACAGAGUGUUGUUCGUGACUGAAGAGCCGGUGGCGCUUGGGACGGUCUCCGAAGCACAGUUCAAUGUUAGGAAAAAAGCGACAGAAUUCCGAUUGAUACUAGGCCGAGCUGGUGGAGAAAGUCCGUUAGUGAGUUGCGCGCCUCGAACGCCUGGAAGGACCAGAACUGUUGUGUUACGAGCACCGUCGAUAGACUUGAAAGCUGUAUGGCAAAGUCUGCUUCAAAGACAAAUAUACCGAGCUCAUACGACAAUGGGAACUCCUGUUGGUUCUCCGCUGGACUCCCCCGAUCCACAACUGACGUUUUCUCUGGCGACCCUGGACUCUCAGCAACGACAGACAAGACGGAGCUCAGCCGAAACACAAACAGGAGGAGCUGGUAGUACAAAUGAAGGUGCUAGAAGUGUAAGAAGUAAAGGUUCCACACUCCAUCUGCAAAGAUGGAUGACGCAAUUACCCGAAGCUGAGGAAAUGGAUCCACCAGAGCCAGAUAUGGAAAUGUGGAGUGUGGAGGAAUUAAGGAAGAGAUCAAAAGAACUGAAUCUUUUAGAAGUAGCAGACCUAGUCACUAAUCAUAAUGAAAGUAAAGGAUCGUCUUCAACCAAAAAGAAAGUAAAUGACCAAAGCCCAUCAAAGAGCAGUAACUCAGGGAGCCAGAUAACGGUUCGAACGAGCCCCGUAGUAGUAGAUACUUUACCAGUUUGCAGACAAUGUCAUAAAAAGUGUUUAUCUAAACCUAAUAGUCCAUUAGUGUCCCAGAAAGAACCACCUGCGCCACCCAAAAUCAAAGCCAUGCUGUCCCCUCAAAACUCUAAUUCUAUUAAGAGUUCUAACAGUUCGUGUAGUGCAAACUGUGGUAAUCGUAAACCGAAAAAUUUUAGUCAAUGUCAUUUAGAGCGUAAAGGUGCUAUGAAGAUACGUCCUGAAGAUGCCCCGAUGGCGGCCUUAAAAGUUCUCGACUCUAUUGAACAAAGCCAGAAGAUGCUCAAAUCAACGUCGUACGAAUUGAAAACAGAGUCCCCAAUUUUGAGUAGAAGUGAUAACAGACACCAGACUAAGAGCCAGUUGGAAUUGAGAAGGGAAUUUUUAAGAUCACCGAGUCCGUCUUCUAGUAGUAGAAAUAAUAGCCCCCUUUCCACAAGCCAUACAACGUGUAGCUCCAUGGUUUUUAAUUCUAGUUCUAAUGAUUUAAGAAUGUCAAAUUCAAACAUCAGUAAUCAAGUUCAAUGUGUUGUAGCAAGAGAAAGGUAUUUUAGCGAAGUCCAACAUGUUCAAAAUGUUAUAAUUAAUCCAAAAAAUAAAACUGGUUCAAAUUAUCCAUCGCCAGCUUCGGCGAGGAAAGAACAAAUAACAAGACAAAAAGCUGAGAAUGUUUUAAAUAAAGUUUUAGGUGUAAAUAUUAUAACUAAGCGAGAUAAUGUAGGUACGUGCCUGAAAACUUCGUCAGUUUUUUUAGAAGAUGAUUCAAUACACGACGACGAUCAUGACUUUAAACCUGAAAGAGGCAUACGAAGAUCCCCAAGAAUGGGUAUAUCUGCCGUUAGUAAAAUGAACGGUGAUAUAAACAAGAAGACUGAUCGAGAAGACGUGAAUGCUAAUACAAGUAUGAAUGAUGUGGGUUCAGAUGAAGACUUAGAGUUAGGGCCGCUGAUGUUAAUGGGCUUAUCGGCAAUUAAUCCAGCAGCACAUUUAAUGCGAGUAGAACCUUUUAAUCGAUCCUCGGCGACGAAUUUAAAUAACAUAUCUAGACCUGGAAGUCUAGGUUCAGCAAAAUCAGAGUCCCCUGUUCCUAACAUUGCAGUUGUCCCACCCACGCCUGAAUAUAAUGCAAAUAAUAAGACUGAAACAUUAAUAGAUGACUCACCAGAUUCCCCGGAUGUCCCAGAGGAUUUACCGUAUGUUUCUUUAAAAAGAUACGGUACAAUGUCAAGUCUCGAAAGAAUGCCAUCAGAUGAGACUGAUGAUGGCAAUACAAGAUUGACUGCUGAAGCAGAUACCACAAAAUCUCAUAAUACAGUGACUGGUUCAUCCGGAGGCAUAAUGGGAUGGACAGCACGCGCUGGAUCGUUUGUCGUUGAAAAGAUGAACAUUUUCAGUUACACAGAGAGCGUCCCCAACUCCUCAGUAGUUCAUAAACAACCAUCCUUCUUGGAAAGGUGUUUAGGUGUCAGUGACUGGAAAUCUACUCUUGGUGCUGAAGAAGCAACAGCAGAAACUGGUGAAGGUAGUGGAGCGAGUGGUGAAGAAGCAUGGGGUACUCCGUCGUCUGGGGAUUUAUCAGACAAUCUACCAGACUCAGAGCAUGGCACCCUAUCGUCACCAACAAAGUCAUCGUCAUCGUAUGCAGGCGAUGAUGACACCGAGCUUAUGAUGGACGAACUUCUAAUGGCUCCCACUAUAACGGGACCCACCACUCUUAGACCUUUAUUACCGAGGGAUGUUUUCAGAAGAAGGCUAGAGCCACUUUUAGAAGAAGAAUGUUCUGACAGUGGCAGUGAUGAUAACAAACCUACACCCACUAACUCGGAUAACCAGGGCAGCACGCGUGGCGACGAUGCUGACGACUGUUGCGACGCGCCGCACCGGCCGCCCUCUGCUUUCGAAACAGAAGCAGGGGACGGGGGUGCGGGCGCCGCUCAGAAUGCUGGAGAGGAGCCCGAUGGUGGCGCCGCGUGCGAGCUGAGCCCAGACCGGACGCCCACCAACGAAGCACCUUCGAUGCCCUUACAAUCUGUUUCAAAAGAGUUUGCGGAGGCUCCUGCCGGUGCUGGAGGUCGUCGGGACUCAGCCAGCUCGGCCAGCACACCCUCAACACUCGAGCACACCACCAUACGCAACCCCACGAGCAAUCCACUUUCACCGGCGUUGGAACCACCCCCAGCAGUCGAGGAAUCUUCUCAACCAGAAGAGAAGCAGCCGGAAGAGAGGCUCUCUCCUCGAGCGGAGAUGAGACUAGCCUUGGACCAGGGGAAGGACAUGCUAGCAGAUCAGGAGGUGUCUUGGGGUGGCGGGUCAGACCCCUGGUCGUUUCGCGCGGCGUGUCAGAGGUCGCUGCUGCGCCGCGUCGCGAGCGCAGACGCGGUGACGCUGUGCCGCGCGCAUCCGCGCCGCACCGUCCCGCAUACUACUUCGCGCAAUUCUGUAUAUGCCUGGAAACUUCCAGAAAACGAGAAACUUAUGGAGAUGGAGCAACUUGCCCGAGCGGAAGUUCAGACGAUGCGUUCACGGACGCGCUCUCUGUGCCAGAACGGGAAGAUAAUGGGUUUCCUUCGUCGACGCGCAUCGUCCGAUAGCCCGCGCCGCGAGCCACUGCUCCUGGGUCCCGCGACCGGCGCGCGGCCUUUCUCACCACGACGCACUAGCGAGAAACAAUUCGAGAAAAGGUUUUGGAAACAGGUUACCAGAAGACGGCAAUCUUUGGGCUCCAUGAGUCAAAUCUAA